AUGGAGGAUCAGUUGCGCACGAAGAACUCUCAAAUAAGUGACCAAGUGUGUGAUCAAUGCAAAAAGCGCAAGAUACGAUGUGAUCGUUUACUCCCGGAAUGUUCAAAUUGUGCCAAGUCUCAUCGCCAAUGUGAAUUUUCAUCUAGGGAGAAGAGACCUAAUGUUACCAAAAAGCUUGUUGAAGAUUUUGAUGGUUUGAAUACUAGGCUAGCUAGUAUCGAGAGUGCUGUUUCUCAAAUUGCACAACAUUUGAAUAGCACCCAUUCAUCAAUCGCAUCGUCUACCCCCACUGCUUCUCCAUAUCACGAAGUUAUCGAUUUUUCUAUUCAUACUUCUAUUUCUGAUGAUCCAUUUGGAAAAAAUCGAUCAGGUCUGCAGCCAAGAUAUGGCCGAUCUUCACAUCGUUUCAUGGAUGCUGCUGGCGACGAAAGAUUCUAUGGACAGAGUUCCGCUUACGCUUCUUUUGAUUGCACAAAAGUACGGUUCGAAAAGAAAGCCAACUCCAAAGAUUAUGGCAAUUUAUCCCUCAUUGACAUAUUAAUUGCGAGCGACCCAAAGGUGUCAUCCACGCUGCAGAUAUUGACGGACCUUCCCAAAACGCUGCCAAUGCCGCCGGCGUCGGAGCUUGAAAGCGAUGGCAAGCCUAUAGCUUUGCCAUCAAGAGCCCUUUUGGAAGUUACACUAGAGUUUUACUUGAAAGAAACCAAUGAUCCAUUACCAAUCUUUGACAGAGGUACGCUACUGAAAGCUAUAGAUGAGCAGUAUAGUAUAGGCUGUGAGAAUACAGACCCUACAUGGACUCUUUGCUUCAAUAAUAUAAUUCUACUCUCUUUGUUGGCAAAAUUGAAGACAUCUCCUCCUGGAGCCCCCUCAAAAGAUGAGAACCUCAUGUUCAUGCUCUUGAACAAUGCCAAAAGAUCUUUCUCGAUCUUAGACACUCUUCUCAAGCCGCGGAUAGCCAGCAUCCAAGCUCUUUUUACAUUGAGUUUUGUUACAAGAGAGUUCUAUGAUCAUCAAGUAGCUGCGAAGCACAUAGCAUUGGCUCACCAAAUGGCGAGGUCCAUUGGUCUCCAUCAGCCCGGCCAAUUCGUAAGUCCAGAGCGAACUAAUUUUUUCUGGUCGAUGUAUAUCAUAGACAAAUUAAGGCUCUUCAGGUGUAGCCAAGGUUGUCAAUCAUACCUGUUUGAAUGUAGUGUCCCAUUGCCGGAGUUUGAUCAGCCAAGUCCAUUGGAGAUAGCCUUCUUGGCCAAAAUUAAAAUGGCUUGCUUUCUCGAAGAAAUCUACAGGGAACUUUAUAUGAAUUAUGCUGAAAUUCAACCAUACUCUUCGGGGCAAACUACUGCUAUGAGAUUGUUAGUUCAAUUGGACCAAGAGUGGCCAGACUUCCAUGCGCGAGCAGCCAUUUUGAGAGAAAGCUUCCCCUCAGUCGAACUUGAAUUGAGGCAUAUGUUCCAUACAAAUCGUGUCUUAAUACUGCUUCGUAGUAAUUUAAUUGAACACAAAUCACGACUUCUGGAAGACUCCAGGACAACCCUAGAAAUAAUAGGAGAGCUAAAGGCACAACAAUCAAUCCGUGGCAAUAUGGCUCUCUCGAAUGUGCUUCAUUUGGACCCACUCAUAUCGUUCUUCGAGCUAUUCUCAAACAUUGUUGAAAACCCUCAGCUAAGUCACUCGAGAGACCAAGAACUUAUAGUUAUGACGAUUGAAGGAAUAACUCGUCAACGUCAUCCGAGUUACAUUUCUUCGGCAUGUGCACGAGUGUACGAAUCUGUAGCUGUCUGUGGUGAAAUUGUGCUGGCGAUCAAGCAAGCAUUUCCGCCAUCGUCGAUUUCAUGGGAACAGCCAGUCGAUUCAAGGGGCUCAUAUCAAGAAUUCCAAUCACAAUCCCAACUCACCUGGCCAGUAAAGCAUGAUUGGUCCGUUGAUGACCUACUUAGUAUUGAUACGGAGAAUCCAGAUCUGUAUCUUACAAUUCCUAGAUAUCAUGUCAAUGAUGAACAAGGGCAAUUUUAA